AUAUAGAUCUAACCUUUUUUCCAGAUAUUUUUUUUACUGUCCCUCCCUCUCUCUCACUCUCUUUGCUAUUCUCGGCUCCCCCGUAAACCAAAAGGGGGAAAAUAGAGAGAGAAGGGGAACGAAAGCAAGCAAGGAGCACCGCACCACGCCACUCCAGUACUCCACUCCACUCUCGUCCCCUCCUCGAUCCAGCCAUGGCGGCCUAGCCCCCCCCCCUCCCCUAGGGUUCUCUGCCAGCCCCCACCCACCCAGGCGCCUCUUGCCGCUCCCACCCGGUGGUCGCGCUGCCCGCGUCGAAUGGGAGGCCACCCGGCGCUCGGAGUCGGGCGUGACCGCGCGCUGCCGGAGGUUCCCUGAGCUCGGCGGCGGCGGGAGCGUGGCUGGUCCGGAGCGCGCCGCGCGUGCAAUGGGAGGUUCGAGUGGGGUUCCUGCGAGCCGCCGCGGCGGUCUCGGUUCUGCGAGCGCGUGGCCCAUGCUUCGCGAAGGGUAGGGUUGUCUGUCUGUCUAGCUAGCUGCUAGCUGCUUGGUCUGAUGAGCUCAGCUCCGGCGCCCCGCCUCGGCUUCCCCGCGCGCUUGCUCCGUCGGCUGCCCAGAACCCAGCUUGCCCGCUCCGGCGCUUCUCUUCGCUUCUUCGGGGAAAGGUUGGAGCUUUGAGGUGGUGCGGGUGCUCAGCCGAGGACUCCGGGCGAUGACGCCCGCAGUGGCGCGCGUUUGCCGCGACAGUCCUGGGUUCGGGUAGCGAGUUCCUCGAGCGGAUUUGGCUGCUGCUGCGUCCUGCGUGGGAAGGGGAGGCGGCGGCGGCGGCAGCAGCAGAGGAAGGGGAACGGUUGCUCUGAAGCGGAGGGGGAGCGGGCUGACAUUGCUUCUGGGAGCAUGGCGAGCUUCUAAGGACGCGCAGCUCCCGCAGCCCAGCCAUUCUCAUCGCCGCACCUUGGUGUUCUUGCCCCCAGGUCGUACUGGUUGGUGGGAGGGAACAUGAACCUCUCCCCGCCCAAGAUGUCGGAGCCAUCACCUGAAAGUGACGGGGAACAAAGGUGUCUGAACUCAGAGCUAUGGCAUGCAUGCGCAGGGCCCCUUGUGUCCCUGCCUGUGGUUGGGAGCCGGGUCGUCUACUUUCCUCAGGGCCAUAGUGAGCAGGUUGCUGCAUCAACUAAUAAAGAAGUUGAUGCUCAAAUCCCAAACUAUCCAAACCUACCUCCACAGUUAAUAUGCCAGCUUCAUAAUGUCACAAUGCAUGCUGAUGCAGAGACUGAAGAGGUGUAUGCCCAAAUGACACUGCAACCAUUGAGCCCGGAAGAGCAAAAGGAUCCUUUUCUUCCAAUUGAAUUGGGUGCUGGUAGCAAGCAGCCAACCAAUUACUUCUGCAAGACGUUGACUGCAAGUGAUACGAGUACCCAUGGUGGAUUCUCUGUUCCGCGCCGAGCAGCUGAGAAAGUCUUCCCUCCAUUGGAUUUUUCACAACAGCCUCCAGUGCAAGAGCUGGUUGCAAGAGAUCUGCAUGAUAAUGAAUGGAAAUUUCGUCAUAUUUUUCGUGGUCAGCCAAAAAGGCAUCUACUGACGACUGGUUGGAGUGUUUUUGUAAGCGCGAAAAGACUAGUAGCAGGGGAUUCUAUCAUAUUUAUCUGGAAUGAUAAUAACCAGCUUCUCUUGGGAAUUCGCCGUGCAAGUCGUCCACAGACUGUAAUGCCCUCUUCUGUGCUAUCAAGCGAUAGCAUGCACAUUGGUCUUCUUGCUGCAGCAGCUCAUGCUGCAGCCACAAACAGUCGUUUCACUAUUUUCUACAACCCUCGGGCUAGCCCUUCUGAGUUUGUCAUUCCACUGGCUAAGUAUGUGAAAGCUGUUUACCACACGCGCGUAUCUGUUGGAAUGCGGUUUCGGAUGCUUUUUGAGACAGAGGAAUCAAGUGUCAGAAGAUACAUGGGUACAAUCACAGGCAUAAGUGAUCUGGACUCAGAGCGCUGGCCAAACUCGCACUGGCGUUCUGUGAAGGUUGGUUGGGAUGAGUCUACAGCUGGUGAUAAACAGCCAAGAGUUUCACUCUGGGAGAUUGAGCCACUGACAACCUUUCCGAUGUACCCAACUGCUUUUCCAUUAAGGCUAAAGCGUCCGUGGGCUUCAGGACUACCUAUGUUCAAUGGUGGGAGGAGCGACGAGUUCGCUCGUUAUUCUUCUCUCAUGUGGCUUCGAGAUGGAAACCGAGGGGCUCAGUCACUGAACUUCCAGGGACUUGGAGCAUCACCAUGGCUUCAGCCAAGAAUAGAUUAUCCAUUGUUGAGUCUGAAGCCAGAUACUUACCAGCAGAUGGCUGCCGCCGCACUAGAAGAAAUUAGAGCUGGGGAUCAUUUGAAGCAGGCAUCUUCUCUCCUGCCAGUUCAGCAGACUCAAACUUUGAAUGGUGGAUUAGAUCAUUUGUAUGGAAAUCCUGUUCUACAGCAGAUGCAGUUCCAAUCUCAGCAGUCAACACUGCAAGCUGUGCAGCAAGGUUAUGGUCAGAAUGCAAACGACUCUGGGUAUGUUCAAAAUCAACUGCAGCAGCUGCAGCUGCAAAAGCAGCAGGAGCCACCACCACCACAGCAGCAGCAGCAGACACAAGUCCUUCAGCGACAAGCACAUCAGGAAAUGCAACAGCACCUCUCAGCUAGUUGUCAUGAUAUUGCUAAUGUAGCUUCUGGUGUGUCCAUGUCUGGAUCUGCUUGUCAAUCACAAUCUUCUCUGCUUUCUGGGUCAUCGUUCUACCAACAGAACAUCUUUGAUGGAAAUGGUGGUCCAGAUCUGCAUCUGCACAACAGUUUCCACAACUUUUCAAGCCAAGAGUCCUCCAACCUUCUUAACCUCCCAAGAAGUGGCCAAUUAAUGGCAUCAGAGGGAUGGCCUUCAAAGAGGUUGGCUGUGGAAUCUCUUGCUGGUCAUGAGAUCCAACCUCUGCAGCACAAGCUUGAGAAAGUUAGUCACCAGAGUACUGUGUCUCACUGUUCUGGCACCUUGCCGCCACUAUCAGCAAGAGACGGUUCUAGUGCCCAGGCUUGUGGUACAAAUGUUCAGAGUCACCUGCUUCCAUCAUCAUUUGCAAUCCAUGAUGGAUUGUCAACCAUCAGGAGUGGUGGUGUUGGCAGUGGAACUGAUGCGAUAACCAUAGCUUCGUUGAGAUAUAGUGAUGCGAAUUUGCUACCUGAAAACUCCAUAGCAACUUCCAGUUGUUUGGGUGAAUCAGGAACCUUCAAUUCUCUUGACGAUGUUUGUGGUGUAAACCCAUCACAAGGUGGAACCUUUGUGAAGGUUUACAAAUCAGGGUCCCUCGGGAGAUCGCUCGACAUCACCAGAUUCGGCAGCUACUACGAGUUGCGUGUCGAGCUCGAGCGGUUAUUUGGUCUCGAAGGCCAACUGGAGGACCCUGCAAGAUCAGGCUGGCAGCUUGUAUUCGUCGACCGGGAAAACGAUGUUCUUCUCCUCGGCGACGACCCGUGGCAGGAGUUUGUGAAUAGCGUAGGGUGCAUAAAGAUCCUCUCGCCGCAAGACCUGCAGCAGAUGGCCCGCGGCGGCGGAGGUGACCUUCUGUCUGCGCCUGGAGCGAGGAUGCUGCAGGGCAGUGUCUGUGACGACUAUUCUGCAGGCCACGACGUGCAGAACCUCACCGGCAGCAUUGCGCCUGUGGUGCCUCUGGACUACUGAAGAGGACUGAGGCGAAGGCCGGGAUCUGAAGCUCUGAACCAAAACCGGCAAUCCAGCAUUUGCAGGAUUUGCCAUCCGCAAGUCGUUUCGUUCCUGUGUUAUGAUCCUCUCAGUCUCAGGCCCUGUUGAUCGGGAAUAACCUAGUCGUUUAAUAUAGCUAGAUGAUGAUCCAUGUAUCAUUAUGGUAAUGGACAUGCUGUACGAUAGCUACUGUAGCUCUAAAUGCAGGCAAGGCAAGAAUUGAUCUAUCAAAGAACGAAUGAAUGCAGGCACUCACUGUAGAGGUGAUGUAGCCCUGUACUCCUAAGUCCUAAGAUAUAUUCUCAUAGCUAAAACUGAUGGUUCCAUGUGGCAUUGGCACCCAAGCUAUUGAAACCAGUCACCUUUGCCGAUUCUUUCUUCA